AUGCCAUCUUGCAAACGACGCCAACUCGGACAGGAAGCAAGACCCAAGCUCGCCUAUCAUGAAUAUACUGUGGGUUGGAUAUGCGCCAUACCCACGGAAUACGCCGCGGCGCAGGCGCUUUUGGACGAAGAGCAUGCGUAUCCACAUGAUCUGCACCCAAACUCGAGUGACAGGAACUACUACGCAUUCGGCAGAAUUGGGUCACAUGACGUUGUGAUGACCGUCUUAGCGGAGAUGGGAAUUGCAGCCGCUGCAACGACUGCAGCGAAUAUGGAACGCACCUUUCCCAAUAUUGGGAUCCGAUUGAUGGUGGGAAUCGGCGGUGGCGCUCCGACUCGAAACAAUGACAUCCGCCUUGGGGAUGUCGUCGUCAGUACUGUUCAUAAUGGGAAGAGCAGUGUGUUUCAAUACGACUUUGGGAAAGAUAUACAGGGUCAGAGCUUCCAACAAAUUGGCGUCUUAGAUCAGCCACCUCAGCGCUUGCGUGCGGCAGCCGUUGGACUUCGGGCUCGGCAUAUGAGAGAUGGGCACAAAAUCGAAGAGACGAUCAACGGUCUUCUUCAUAAUAAGCCGAGUUUGAGGAGCCACUUUGCCCGACCAAGUUCAGACAGCGACAAGCUGUACAAAAGCACUUUUGUUCACCCUGGGAACUCUACAGAAACCUGCGCUGCAGCUUGUCGGCAUGAUCCCUCAAACCUCGUCGAGAGAUCUCCACGAAACGGAGACAAGUUGGUUGUCCAUUAUGGCACAAUAGCUUCAGCCAAUCAGGUCAUGAAGAACGCUGAGACUCGGGAUAAACUUGCGGCCAAAUAUCACGUCUUAUGCCUUGAAAUGGAAGCUGCAGGAUUGAGCAAUUACUUCCCUUGCUUAGUUGUUCGCGGCAUAUGCGAUUACUCGGAUUCCCACAAGAACAAGGAAUGGCAAGGAUAUGCAGCAAUGACUGCUGCUACGUAUGUGAAAGAUCUUCUUUACGAGCUCACUCCUCUGUGUUCUUCGUCUCCCGUUCUUACCUCAACUGAGUUUCAAGACCCAAAGGCUGCAGCUGAUAGAGAAAGGCUAAGCGACGAGCAGUGGGAGAAGCUGUUGAAUUCAUUGAGAUUCGACCAGAUUGAUGCCCGGCAAAUGACAAUCAAAAAGGCGCACUCUAAGACCUGCAAGUGA